AUGCUGUGGAAUAGCAAUGUGACUGACUUUAUUCUGCUUGGAUUGACACAGGAUCCUAUGAAAAGGAAAAUCAUAUUUGUCAUCUUCUUGUUUGUCUACUUAGGGACAUUAUGUGGUAAUUUACUGAUUAUUGUUACCAUCAAGACCAGCCGGACACUUGGGAGUCCAAUGUACUUCUUCCUUUUCUACUUAUCCCUUAUUGAUACCUGCCUUUCUACUUCCACAGCUCCUAGAAUGUUUAUUGAUGCCAUUUUGACAAAUCACACUAUUUCUUUCAAUGAGUGCAUGGUCCAAGUGUUUUCAUUCCAUGUAUUCGCCUCCCUGGAGAUUUUAAUCCUUAUUCUCAUGGCCCUUGACCGCUGUGUGGCCAUCUGUAAACCCCUGCACUACACAACCAUCAUGAGCUGGCGGGUCUGCAGUGUGUUGAUGACUAUAGCCUGCAUGUUGUCUUGUAUCCAUGCUUCAAUUCAGAAUUCUUUGGUCCUGAGCUUACCUUUCUGUGGUCCCAAUGUGAUUGAUCACUAUUUUUGUGACUUGGAGCCCUUGUUGAACCUUGCCUGUUCAGACACAUAUAAUGUCAACCUGCUAUUGGUGUCCAAUAGUGGAGUCAUUUGCACAGCGGGUUUUAUCUUGUUGAUGUUCUCCUAUACUACCAUCUUGUAUUCUCUGAGAAACCACAGUGCAGAAGGGAGGAAGAAAGCCCUUUCUACCUGCAUUUCCCAUAUCAUCGUAGUCAUCCUUUACUUUGGUCCUUGCAUAUUUAUAUAUUCACGACCUGCAACCACCUUCCCCAUGGAUAAGAUGAUAUCUGUGUUUUAUACAAUUGGAACACCUUUAUUUAACCCUCUGAUUUAUACACUGAGAAAUGCAGAGGUGAAAAAUGCCAUGAAGAAGAUAUGGAGCAAGAAACAGAUCUUAGGGUACCAAAGAUGA